CCUAAUUGUUGUGAUAAACUUAUUAAAUAGAUGAGCUAUGUUUUACCACAUGAAGUUGGAACACGAAGUGCUCCUCCAUCCGAGAUACUUCGGGCCCAAACUAAACACUACUCUGAGGGCGAAGUUGCUGAGUGAGGUGGAGGGUACAUGCAGUGGCAAGUAUGGAUUCAUAAUCUCAGUCACCACUCUGGACACCAUUGGCUCCGGUUACAUUCAACCUGGAAGGGGAUUCGUGUUGUAUCCCAUCAAGUACAAGGCAAUCGUUUUCAGACCGUUCAAGGGCGAAGUUCUAGAAGCUGUAGUGACUCAGGUGACUAAAUUGGGCAUCUUCACAGAGAUAGGCCCCAUGGCCUGCUUCAUCAGCAAACACGGCAUCCCUUCCGAAAUGGACUUCGUGUCAGACGACAAGAAGCCAAGAUACAAGUCCAAAGACGAAACAGAGGUCAUUGACCUCGGAAGUACAAUAAGAGUCAAGUUGAUGGGCACGAGAAUUGAUGCAAAUGACAUUUUCGCUAUCGGAACUCUUUUGGACGACUUCCUCGGACCCGUUUAGAGUUUAUGGAACCGACUUUUUCUCUGAUUUUCUGCUCCAAGCGCGCAAUUUUAGAAAAGGAGGAGCUGAAUGCGUUUGUACUUUCUAUUGCAUAGAGUACUUUGGACAAGAGUUGUAUUCAAACUUCAGUGAGACAAUUUACCUGUCUGCUGAAUCAAAGGGCAUUGUUGUAAAAUGUAUUUAUGCGUUUACUUUUUGUCAAAUUGUUCUACGUGGCUUUCAUAUGACAUAAUUGAAACGAAUCU